AAAUAUUUAAUCGCUCCGAAAAAAAUAACUUUGCUUGAAAUAUUAUAUAGAAUUAUUUACUACCUGCUACACCAUACAAUUACGCGAAUUACUAUAUUAAAUGGUUUAACUGAUAAGUUUUGUUAUAGUGGAAACAGUGAUAAGUGACAACUAGAUAUUAUAAUUUUAAAAAAUAGUGCUACCAAUACAGAAUCUAGUCAAUCAUUACAACCAACAUAAUCGUAUUCGUUACAUUUAUCAAUAUUAUUUUUACAUGCCAAAUGAAUCUACACGCAGUGAAAUUCAAAAAAGUGCCGAAACGACUUAUAGUGGCCAUCAUGAUGUUUACAGCAUGCUGGACAACAUUUAUGUGUCGCUUACAAAUGCCCGUUCUUGUGGUAAAAAUGAUACAUAUACCAGAUUACAACGAUUCUAAAAGUAUAAAUGAUUCUGAUGAUCAUCCUGAAAAUGCAAAAUUUAUUCGAGGGCAAGUUCUUGCAGCUUAUGCGUAUGGUCACGUACCAGGAAAUUUGAUCGGUGGACUUCUAGCGAUGCAUUUGGGACCCCGAUCAGCAAUAUUCUGGUCAGGGAUCAUCGUUGCAUUGGUUUCAAUGAUUUCACCAUUUCUCUUUAAUAUGCACUGGUUAUUACUUAUGAUAUCGCGCAUUAUCAUUGGUUUAGCCGGUGGAGUCAAUUAUCCAGCUUGCCAUGCUCUUUUAUCUCAGUGGGCUCCACCAAACGAAAAAUCUCGCUUCGUUUGGUCAUUAUUAGGCGGUACCUUUGGAGUAAUCGUAACUUAUCCAUUGCUAGGAGCAAUAGUUGAAAAUUUUGGUUGGCAGUGGGGAUGGUACAUACCAUCAAGUGGUAUGCUUGUAUGGUUAAUGUUUUGGUGGUUUUUAACUUACGAUUCACCCCUGGAACAUCCAAGCAUAAGUGAAGAAGAAAAACAUUAUAUAAUAGACUCACAAGCCGAAGUAGUUAGCCAAGAAAAGAUGAUAUUGAAAGAAAUACCACUAAGAGCCAUCUGUACAUCUAUACCAUUUAUAUCAUUAGUAAUAUGCCACUUUGGUAAUUCAUUUCUGGUAUUUUUAUACCAAUACGCAAUGAUGAUUUAUCUGACAAAGGCACUAAACAUGUCAAUAAGUAAAGGUGGAUUGAUAGCAAGUUUACCCUGGAUCGGUCGAUUGGUUUUUGGUUUCUUCUUCAGUUGGAUUGGAGAUAAUAUCCGGCAAAAACAAAUUGUAUCACUCACAGUUUUCCGAAAAUGUGCUUCUAUAUUUGCUCUGUUUAUUCCUAGCCUUUUUCUAAUUGGGGUAUGUUAUGUGAGACAGAAUGAUGUGACCAUCAUCAAUGUUAUGCUUGUACUAGCAUUAAGUUUCAAUGGAGCUGUAUGUAUUGUUAACUUGGCUAAUAAUCAAGAUUUGUCGCCAAAUUAUGCUGGUUUUCUCUAUGGGAUCAUGAAUACUGUAGCUAGUGCAAGUGGAAUCAUACUACCACCUUUAAUUGAAAAAAUAGUUGGUCACGAUGAAGAUCAGGAAGAAUGGCGAAUGGUAUUUUGGGUAGGCGCUGCAGUGUGCACCAUUUCGAUGAUAUUAUUCGUUUUGGGAGGUAGUGGGCAGGUUCAAAGCUGGAAUGAAAUUAACAAGCCCACUGAAAAGAAAAUUAGUUUGGAAUUGACUCAAGAAAAAAAUAUUGUGACGAAGUUCUGAAAUAUCAAGGACAAAUUUGAAUGAAUUCUUUGUAAUAUAUGUCUUAAAAAAGUUCAUCUUGUAUAGACAUAAGAUGUCAAGUGUAUAUUAUUCUUUAUAUCAAUUCUAUUCUAAAAAUAUUUUUCAGUUUAGUACACAUACUGAUUCUAAAACAAGUCGAUUGAGUUUGUAGAUCCUUUGGGUAAAAGAUCAAUUUAGA